AUGGCAGUCCCACGACAGCGGGUGUUGGACCUGAUGAGGGUCCAGUGCAAGGUCUUCAACACCACAUAUAAUCCCGAACGCCUGCGCCUAGGAUCGCGCAUCCUUCACCAGCGCCUCAAGGGUCCGUCAGUCGCCUCAUACUACCCGCCACGGAUAGGAACAAUUCCCCAGCUGCGAAGCCUGUACCCCGAACACCAGAUCAUAGAUGAGGCAGAGGAAGACUGGUUAGAGCAUCUGAACGUUGCAAAGUCAAGAGGCAAGGGCGCGCCCAAGAAGAAGAGGACUGCUGCCGAAUCCAAGAAAUUCAACAAGAGGAAGUAG